AUGGGGAAGAUGUUAAACAGAGAUUCUGUUGGUUCCUAGCACAUGGCCAUAUCAGGGGAUAGGACUAUGUAAGCCCUUCCCUUCUGUAAGGGCCCCAUUAAGGGGUAAGCACCUCCCUGUAAUAUCUAAACAAGCUGAGACCACGAUCUACAGACAGAGCCACCAUGCAGGGACACUGCCUUAUCUGGGGACUUCCUUCUCUCCUCCUCGUUGUCUUAGCAGGUGCUCAAGUGAGCCCACAACUUCGCCUGGUGAACACGCAGAGUCACUGUGAGGGGACAGUGGAAAUUUUUUACUAUGGCUCUUGGGGCACAAUCUGCGAUGACAAAUGGGAUCUGAAUGAUGCCCAAGUAGUGUGCAGACAGCUGGGCUGUGGAGUGGCCAUUGAAGCCAAGCACUCUGCUUUCUUUGGUGUGGGAUCAGGGCCCAUCUGGCUGAAUGAGGUGACAUGCACAGGAAAGGAGUCCAACUUGGGGGAGUGCAUUGCCUACAGCCAGGAGAAUCGCAACUGCGGGCACAAUGAAGAUGCAGGAGUCAUCUGUUCAGGAUACUGGCGUCUGGUUGGAGAAGGGCCCUGCUCAGGACAAGUAGAAGUGAAAUCUGGAGGAAGUUGGAUUCCAGUAUCUGAUGUGAACUUCACUUUCCCCACUGCCCAGGUCAUCUGUGCAGAGCUGGGGUGUGGCAAGGCUGCAUCAGUCCGGGGAGAUGUGCCAUUUAGAGAGGACACUGGACAGGUAUGGGCUGAGCAGUUCCUAUGUGGAGGGCAGGAGGCCAAGCUGCAGUUCUGCCCCACAAUCCCAUGCCCCAGAUGCAGCUGCUACCAUGGGAGGACUGUUGAAAUCAUUUGUUCAGAGUUUACUGAAGUCCAGCUCAUGAAAAACAGUACAUCUCAGUGUGAGGGUCAAGUAGAGGUGAAAACUUCUGUGGGCUGGAGAGCGCUCUGUGCCUCCCACUGGAGCAUGGCCAAUGCUGAUGUUGUGUGCCGACAGCUGGGUUGUGGAGUGGCUGUCUCCACCCCAAAAGGAGCAUACUUUGUGGAAGAAAGGGAUGAGAUCUGGAAAGACCAAUUCCACUGCUCAGGGGAUGAGUCGUUCUUGUGGAGUUGUCUUGUGACUGCCCUGGGUGUUCCUGCCUGUGCCCAUGGGAACACAGCCUCUGUGGUCUGCUCAGGAAACCAGAGUGAGACUGUACCCCAAUGCAAGGACUCCCUGUCGGAUUCAACACAUUCCACAGCCUCAGAGGUACAGGAUGUCAACUGCUCAGACAACAGACUGCGGCUGGUGAAUGGGGGCAGUCGCUGUGCAGGGAGAGUGGAGAUCCUGCAUCAGGGAUCCUGGGGCACCAUCUGUGAUGACAGCUGGGACCUGAGUGAUGCCCAUGUGGUGUGCAGACAGCUGAGCUGUGGUGUGGCCCUUAAUGCCACAGUCUCUGCUCACUUCAGCCAUGGGUCAGGGCCCAUCUGGCUGGAUGAGCUGAACUGCAGAGGAGAGGAGUCCCAUGUGUGGGACUGCCCUUCCCACGGCUGGGAACAGCAUGACUGCAGGCACAAGGAGGAUGCAGGUGUCAUCUGCUCAGAAUUCCUGGAUCUCAGGAUGGUGAGCAAGGACCAGGAGUGCUCCGGGUGGCUGGAGAUUUUCUACAAUGGAACCUGGGGCAGUGUCUGUCGCAGUCCCAUGGAAGAUGUGACUUUAUCCGUGAUCUGCAGACAGCUUGGCUGUGGGGACAGUGGGAUCCUCAACACUUCUGUUCCUGCCAGGGAAGGUUCUAGACCCCAGUGGGUGGAUGGAAUCCAGUGUCGGAAAACUGAUGCGUCUCUCUGGGCAUGUCCUUCUGAUACUUGGAAACAAAAGUCUUGCCUUCCAAGGGACUCAGCAUAUGUGACAUGCACAGGAAGAAAGGAAUUGGGACUUGUAGAAGGAGACAGUAAGUGCUCAGGACGCGUGGAGGUGUGGCACGAAGGUUCGUGGGGCACUGUGUGUGAUGACUCCUGGGAUCUGGCAGAGGCUGAGGUGGUGUGUCAGCAGCUGGGCUGUGGCCAUGCCCUGGAGGCCCUGGAAAAGGCUGCAUUUGGCCCUGGAAAUGGAAGCAUCUGGCUGGAUGAGUUGCAUUGCAAAGGCAGGGAGUCCUCCCUGUGGACCUGUGCCAGGGCACCCUGGGGACAGAGUGACUGCAAGCAUGACGAGGAUGCAGGUGUGAGGUGCUCAGGAUUUGUGCGUCUGGGUGGAAGACAAGGACUUUGCUCAGGACGAGUGGAAGUGCAUUCUAGAAGAGGUUGGCUUCUAGUGUCUGAUGUGAACUUCACAUUCCCCACUGCCCAGGUCAUCUGUGCAGAGCUGAGGUGUGGCAAGGCUGUGUCUGUUCUGGGGAACGUGUCCAGAAAUGCCAGUGAACAGAUGUGGGCUGAGGAGUUCCAGUGUGAGGGGCAGGAGCCUGAGCUCAGCUUGUGUCCCAGAGGGCCCUGUCCUGGAGGCAGCUGCCAGCACAGCAAGGCUGUUGAGGUUGUCUGUGAAGAGUUCACCGAAGUUCGGCUCAUCAAAAAUGGCACCUCUCACUGUGAGGGUCAGGUGGAAGUGAACACUUCCUCAGGCUGGAGAGCACUCUGUGCCUCCCACUGGAGCAUGACCAAUGCCAAAGUUGUCUGUCACCAGCUUGAUUGUGGACUUGCAGUCUCCACCCCAAGAGGAGGAACGUACUUUAUGGAAGGAGGGGAUGAUAUCUGGAAAGACCAAUUCCACUGCUCAGGGUCAGAGUCCUUCUUGUGGAGUUGUCCUGUAACCGCCAUGGGUGUUUCUGCCUGUGCCCAUGGGAACACAGCCUCAGUCGUCUGCUCAGGAAACCAGACCCAGUUGCUACCCCAGUGCAAGGACUCCCUGUCUGAUCCAGCAGGCUUCACAGUAUCAGAAGUGCACGCUGCCAACUGCUCAGACAACAGACAGCUGCGCCUGGUGGAUGGGAACGGUCGCUGUGCAGGAAGAGUGGAGAUCCUGCAUCAGGAAUCCUGGGGCACUAUCUGUGAUGACAGCUGGGACCUAAAUGAUGCCCACGUGGUGUGCAGACAGCUAGACUGUGGGGUGGCCCUCAAUGCUACGGUCUCUGCUCACUUUGGGCAGGGAUCAGGGCCCAUCUGGCUAGAUGAGCUGAACUGCACAGGAGAUGAGUCCCAUGUGUGGCAUUGCCCAUCUCAGGGCUGGAAACAGCAUGACUGCAGGCAUAAGGAGGAUGCAGGCGUCAUCUGCUCAGAGUUCCUAGAUCUCAGGGUGGUGAAUGAGGACCAGGAGUGCUCUGGGUGGCUGGAAGUUUUCUACAAUGGAACCUGGGGCAGUGUCUGCCACAACCCUAUGGAUGAUGUGACCUUGUCCGUGAUCUGCAGACAGCUUGGCUGUGGGGACAGUGGGAACCUCAACACCUCUGUUCCUGCAAGGGAAGGGUUGAGACACCAGUGGGUGGAUGGAAUCCAGUGUCGAAAAACAGAUGCUUCUCUCUGGCAGUGUCCAUCUGAAGCUUGGGAUCCCAGAUCUUGCUCUCCAAAGGGCGAGGCUUAUAUCACUUGUACAGGACAAAGACCCAAGAGCUGUGCAGAGUCUGAAUCCUGCACAGACAAAGACAAGCUGCGACUCAGAGGAGGAGACAGCCAAUGCUCAGGGCGCGUAGAGGUGUGGCACGAAGGCUCCUGGGGCACAGCGUGUGAUGACUCUUGGGACCUGGCAGAGGCUGAGGUGGUGUGUCAGCAGCUGGGCUGUGGCCAUGCCCUAAAUGCCCUGGCAGAGGCUGCAUUUGGCCCUGGAAAUGGAAGCAUAUGGCUGGAUGAGGUGCAGUGCAGAGGCAGGGAGUCCUCCCUGUGGGACUGUGCCAGGGCUCCCUGGGGACAGAGUGACUGCAAGCAUGAGGAGGAUGCAGGUGUGAGGUGCUCAGGUGAAAGAACAACAGUACCCUCAACACCUAUUGGAAACAAUUCAUUUCUACCUCCUGAACCAGGCAUCUUGUCCUUACCUGUGAUUCUCUGCAUCACUUUAGGAGCCCUUAUCUUACUGGUUCUCAUCAUCCUGGGAACUCAGCUGCACAGAUGCAGAGCAAACCUCAGAGCCUCAUCAUCUUUUGAAGAUGCUGUUGAAGAAGCCUUGUACCAAGAGAUAGAUUAUCUCAUAAAACUGGAGAAAGAGGACCUGCUGGAUAAACCAGAACAACACAUAGAUGCUACAGGAAAUGGUUAUGAUGAUGUUGAAGAGUUACCUGCUCUUGAAAAUCCUCUUUGUUCUGAGAUGAGUGAGAAGAACCUUAUCCAAGAAGAGGGAGGUGGUGGUUCUAGAUGUUCUCAAACAGGCACCUCUCUUCUUUCUCCUGAAGAGUCUUCUAAAUCUGUUAUGGAAGUGAAAGGAUCUCCAUUGGUGUUGAGACAAGAAUCCAUCACUGAGUAUGAUGAUAUUGAACUGAACACCAUGUCCUGUCAUUUUUAAAGCAAGCCUAAGAAGAUCUUCUCUUUGUAUCCCCAAAUAAGAAAUCCUUUCAUUCUUGUAAUAUUUUUAUAUACACUUAAAGUAAAAUAAA